UCUCCGCUCUCACUCACUCUCUCUCCUCUCUCUAGGGUUCGGUUUCCUUCUUCUCCCGCCAUAACUUACCGCUCCAUUUUUGAGAGCUGGCGUUGUGGUUCUCUCUCUAUUCCUCUGUGGGGUUUCCGCUUCUUUUCGUAGUUUCUUCUUCUCGUUCUUCCCCUGCUGGCGUUCGGGAGGUGGGAUUCCAGAUGUAGGAGAUCUGAAUUCCUCGGGACUUCGUUAAUUGGUCUCGGUUCUCGAUUGGAAGAAAUUUAGCUGCCUUUCUAGGGUUCUUUGAGGUCGUGAACUUCAUCUGCGUCUCGGUGAUGGUGGAAGAAUGGUCGGGGGAAGCGGUGGCCGUGCCGAAGAAGGAGCUGGACUGUGCCGAGAGCCAGCUCCCCGUAGCUGUCUGCCUGUCGUCGGAUUCUGAUAGAUGCUCGAGCCCCGCGUCUGCGUGCCCGUCUCAUCGGAGGAGUGGACCAAUUCGGAGAGCAAAGGGCGGUUGGACACCAGAAGAGGAUGAGAUGUUGCACAAUGCAGUCAAAUUUUUCAAGGGAAAAAAUUGGAAAAAAAUAGCACAGUUUUUCACAGAUAGGACAGAAGUGCAAUGCCUUCAUCGAUGGCAAAAGGUUCUUAACCCUGAGUUAGUGAAGGGGCCAUGGACCAAGGAGGAAGAUGAUAUAAUAAUCAAACUGGUUGAAAAAUAUGGCCCAGCAAAGUGGGCUGUUAUAGCAAAAUCCUUGCCAGGCCGUAUAGGAAAGCAAUGUCGGGAGAGGUGGCAUAAUCACUUAAACCCUGCAAUCAAGAAGGAUGCCUGGACAAAGGAGGAAGAGUUAGUACUCAUUGAAGCCCAUAGAAUACAUGGAAACAAAUGGGCUGAAAUAGCAAAAGUGCUUCCUGGAAGGACUGACAACUCAAUAAAGAAUCAUUGGAACAGUUCCUUGAAGAAAAAGGCUGGUAUGUAUAUAGCUGGGCACUCGAUGUCAGCUAUAGCUUCAGAUAUACAUGAUGCAUCCAAGAAUGUAACUGGACUGGCUAAUGAGGAGCUAAACAUAAAGCCCAUGUCUAUUUCUAUUCUCAGUACACAAAAUGGGUCCAAGAAUAUAACAGAAUCACCAACUGAAGCAUUAGAUAUAAAACUUCUACCAGCUCUCAUGUCACCUAUGUACGAUGGAUCUGCAACAAGGUCAACUGGCGACAUUUUUACCAUAAAACCAAUAUCAGCCCUUGAGUUGGAUAGACACGGUGGAUCAAGCAACCUGGUCCUAACAGCCUUGGAAGAUUUGCAUAUAGAUCCUGUAUUUGCUUGUGUUUCAGCUGCAAAUGAUGAGGCUAAGGAUGUAGAGAAACCAUCCAGAGAAGAAAUGGUUGGGGAACUGAUUCCAAAUCUUGAUGCAAGGAUUAACCGUGGUUCUGAGAAUGCAUCAAUACUGUCCAAUGGAGAUCUGAAAAUAAGUUCAGAUCUAGAUACUUCCAGUAUAGAUCAAGCAGUAUCCAUCGUCACUCAACCUGCUGACCUAUCGGCAAAUGCAACUCAAUCAGACAGUGAAGGCAAGCAAUCUUCAAACACAGGGACUUGCUCUGAUGCAGUAUCCCCACCUGCUGGCCGGUCUGCAAAAUUAUCUGGGUCUGAGAGUAACGACAAGCACAAGUUGGAGUAUCCUGCAACAACAUUUUCUGGCUGGAUAUUGAAACAACUUGCAACACUUUUUCUUAGCAAAGAUAGCUUUUCAGGUGCUAUAGACAGAAAACAACAGCCCUGUUUAGAUGAUUCAGGGCCCCAAAAAACUAAAUUUGGUCUCUGUUACAGUAAAGCAAGCUCAAGAAACAAGUCAGGAAAGUACUCCACAGGAAGUGGCAUUGAUCAAGCUAACAAUAAUUCUGAAGUGACAAAUCUUGCCUCAGUUGUAGAUGAUGAAAUCAGUCAAUCCAUGGAAAUUUCUGAACCAGGCAAUCAUGUUGGGAUCCCUUCGUCAAGCUUGUCGUGUGUGGAAAAGAGUAAUAAUAAUCAAGCCAAUGACAUUAUGGAAGAAACACAUGACGCUACAGAAAAUUCAUCUUGCAGAAUUUCUGAAACAAUAUCUCUUGCUGAAAUCCCAUUGUCUAGUUUGCCAUGCCUAAGGGAUGGUGAAGCCAAUCAAGUGGACAGGAACAUCGAGUCCUUGAGUCGUGCCAACUUUCCAUGUACAUUUUCUUGCUACCAGUCUCCUGGUUCAGCAAGUAGGAAGGUGCCUGCAGAUUCCAGCCUCUUUGAUGCCACUGAAUUAACUCACCGACAGCAGAUGGCUGCUUCACCUGUUUAUGGGGUUACUGCUUCAGUUCUUAAACGCAAUGAUCUGGUCCUCCAAAGUCCAGAAUCUGUACUGAAGGAGGCAGCUAAAACCUUUACAAACACGCCCUCUAUUUUCAGAAAAAGACGGAGAGAAAAUUCUCCCAUGGACUUUAAAUGGGGCGAGAAGAUAUUUGGAAGCAAAAACGUGCAGGAGAGCCCACUGACUCCUAGUGAGGGGAGCCAAACCACGCUUGAUGCUCGUACUGCAAUAGCAACUGAUGAGAGUACAAGCUGUGCCCAAAAUAUAAAUGCAGAUGGUGAAGGCGACCUUUCUAUUAAAAGCCCUUUUAUCGUCUCCCCACCAUAUUUGUCGAGGAUAAAGCGUAGAGCGGUCACCAGGGAAGUGCGGAAGAAGUUGAUUUCAGGUGAAGAUAAUCGAAAUAGAAAUGCUAGAUUUCUUGCUUUUACAGGUAGUGGGACCUUGUUUGCUAACAGAUGGAAUUCAUGCAUAGAAGAUACACGCAAGGAAAUCAGAUGAUAUUUUUCAAGUAACAGUUGGAUAUCCGAACAUGAUGAUCUGAAACUGCUAGCCUUCUUAAUUCAUGAAUACUGCCUGGUGUAGCUAUAACACCAUUCCUUUUGAGCUACCUGGGAACCACAGUGAAUGAAUCAUCUUUUCCAUUUGUAUA